AGGGUCAGGCCUACCACUAUUAUUAUUAUUUCAUUUGAGAGGUGGCCAUAUCCCUGUCCUGAAUCCUCAACUCCAACAUCGCCGGAGGAGGAGGUUGCAGGGAGCAGAGGGCGAUGAUGAAGAGCGAGGACAAACCGAGGAACGAUACGGGUGUGGAUGAAGGAGAAGUGAUGGGUAGCUUGAGUAACACAAUGAGGACAGCUGAGACCCUGCUGCGCGUGGUGCCCAUCGGCCUGUGUCUCGCGGCGCUCCUGGUCAUGCUCAAGAACACCCAAGAGAAUGAUUACGGCUCCGUUUCCUACUCCAACCUCGGCGCUUUCACGUAUCUGGUGUACGCCAAUGGCAUCUGCGCGGGCUACUCAUUCCUUUCGGCGUUCUAUACGGCGGUGCCCCGUCCAAGCACCAUGUCACGCGCUUGGACCAUCUUCUUCUUAGAUCAGAUACUGACAUACGUGAUAUUGGCGGCGGGGACGGUGUCGGCGGAGAUCAUGUACCUAGCGUACAACGGAGACAAGGAUGUGACAUGGAGCAAACAGUGCGGGGUGUUCAACGGGUUCUGCAAGAGGGCCACAGCCUCCAUUACCAUCACCUUCGCUUCCGUUGCCUGCUAUAUCCUGCUCUCCCUUCUCUCCUCUUACAGGCUCUUCAGCUCCUUUGACGCCCCCAUCCCAUUCCUCAGCAGCAAGGCCGUCGAGAUCGCUGCCUUCCCUCGUUAAUUAAUUAGCUAAACUGGUUCCCAUACCAUUCGCACGCCAUAUGCGUUAUGCGUGCUUGCUCACAACCCUCACAUCAUAAUUAGAGAGGACUACUUAGAAAGAGCCUAUCUCUCAGCUCUGCUCUGCUUCUUGUGCUUCUAUUGUAUGUAUGUAUGUAUGUAUGCGCGUACCUAAUGUAUGGAGGAUGUAUGACCAAUUCCCUUGGAACACGAAGAACGUUGCAAGGUGAAUAUGAUCAAAGAAGCAUGAUACAUGUAAUAAACAUCUUUGAUCACAUUCCCAAAGUUAUGGUUGCUAUGCUCUUCUCCUC